AUGGCGACUUUGGACAUGUUCCAGCAUCCCUCUUCAGCAACUUUCGCCAAAACCUCGUCUCAGCGUCGUGCAACUGCCUUGCCUUCCGAACAUCAUGCUUUCCCAGAUGCUCCUGAAAAUGGACGGUUUAUCGGGAAUUUUGGCGACUCAGCGAUAAAACAUCAUACGGAACACCUCCUUGGCUCAGAAUCAGAUCUUAUUCAUUAUCCAUACUGGACCAAUAUACCUCUCUGGAAAGAAGUCACUCACAAAGAAUUUCUUAACUACCAAUGGCAGCUUUCAAACAGUGUGCAGGGAGAGAAGAAGUUGCGCGAAUUCCUGUCUGUUGUUCUACCGCCCUCUAUCCCUCCAUCUCGAACGGCGCUACCUCAUAUAAUAGGCAUCAACACUCCAGAAGCGUUCAUUGACAGCGUUUCUGACGCAAUAUCCAGAGCUCCAAUGGCUAUUCGGUUAACGCCCCACAUCCUGAGUGUUAUUGACUGGACCAAUCCAAUCGACGAUCCAGUCCGUCGCCAGUUCAUUCCAAUGGGAAAUGAACUAAUUCCAGACCACCAUAAACUCAAACUCGAUUCUCUCAACGAAGAGCAUGACUCGCCAGUCAAAGGACUCGUCCAUCGAUACCCGACGAAGGCUCUAUUCCUCGCUACAUCGGUUUGCAAUGUUUAUUGUCGCUUCUGCACCCGAUCCUACGCAGUGGGAGCGAACACCAGUACUGUCACAAAAAACUCCUUGAAGCCGACCAAGCGUCGCUGGGAUGAAGUUUUUAAUUACAUCGAGAAAACACCAAAAUUGAACGACAUCGUGGUCUCGGGCGGUGAUUCAUUUUAUCUUUCUCCCGAGCAACUUUAUGAUAUUGGGAACCGCUUGCUCGCCAUACCUCAUAUCAGACGUUUCCGUUAUGCCACCAAAGGACUUGCGGUGUGCCCAUCUCGUAUCCUGGACCCACAUGACCCCUGGAGCGCCGCGUUGAUUGAGAUAUCUAACAAGGGUAAAAAAAUGGGUAAAGCGGUGGCCAUGCACACUCAUUUCAAUCACCCAAACGAAAUCACUUGGGUCACAAAGCUUGCUGCUCAGAAGCUCUUCGAAAACGGAGUCACUGUCAGAAACCAAACAGUUCUUCUUCGGGGGGUCAAUGACAGUGUCGACGUCAUGAAAAAAUUAAUCUGCGAUUUGGCGGACAUCAACAUUCUGCCUUACUAUGUUUACCAAGGAGACAUGGUCCGAGGCGUCGAAGAUUUGCGCACUCCAUUAUCCACCAUCCUCGAGCUAGAGACGCAAAUCCGGGGUAGUAUUGGUGGGUUCAUGAUGCCCCAAUUCAUUGUUGAUCUUCCUGGAGGAGGGGGGAAGCGAUUAGCUUCGUCAUAUCAGAAAUAUGACCGCACUACGGGCAUUUCUCAGUUUGUCGCCCCUGCCGUCACCGGAGGCUUGAAUAAGGUCUUUGAAUAUCAUGACCCAGUAUGGAGUCUCCCCGAUAGUAGCGAGUAG